AUGAAUGGAUUGUCUAAGCUGACAACAAUUGUUCCACCGGAUGGAUCUCCCGCUCCUGAGGAGUUUGUUCUUGAUAAUGCGGUGGAAGACGCCGAGCAAGGAAUUCAUGAUCAUGGUGCAGAGAAAGAUGAUUUCAAGAAGGGACAGACCAAGAAGAAGUUAUGGAGGAAAAACAGAUUCACUUACAGGAUCCGUGACAACGGUACUAUAUCAAUUUUCAUUGGAGAUUAUUAUAGUGAGAGUGCUCUCUUGUAUUCUAUGCGCAGGAGUAGAAGUGCUGAACUUCUACCAUUAGAUCCUGAGAUAGAGCGCACCUUGCAUCGGUUGAGAAGAGAGAACAGAAGAAGGGAAGAAUUGCAGGUAGUUGAGAUGGCAGAUGAUGACAUCAACCGCCAAAUACAGGGUGCUGCCAGAGCACUUCGAGACUAUGCAGUACCUACUAUUAUGGGUUCUGCGAUCAGAAGGCCCACUAUUCCAGCUAAUAACUUUGAACUGAAGCCAGCACUCAUCCAGAUGGUUCAAUCAAAUCAGUUUGGAGGAUAUCCCAACGAGAGUCCUGAUGAGCAUAUUGCAGGAUUCCUCCAAUACUGUAACACGGUAAAGAUGAAUAAUGUCACUGAUGAUGUUAUUAGAUUACAGCUUUUUCCUUUCUCGCUUAGGGAUAAAGCGAGAGCCUGGUUCAAUUCACUGCCACAAGAGUCCAUCACCACCUGGGCCGACCUUUCAUCUAAGUUUCUCAGGAGAUUUUUCCCACCAGCUAGGACUGCAAGAUUGAGGAACGAAAUCACUAACUUCACCAAGUUCAAUGGUGAAUCACUUUAUGAGGCAUGGGAGAGAUUCAAGGAGGCAAUCAGAAAGUGCCCACAUCACGGAUUGCCAGAUAAUCUCCUAAUUGAGGUCUUCUAUCUUAGCCUGGAUGAUACAUUGAGGUCUCUAGUAGAUGCUGCAGCAGGAGGCGCACUGAUGGGUAAGAAUUAUGAUGAAGCAAGUGCUUUGAUAGAAGAGAUGGCCUCCAGUGCACAUAAUUGGCAGAAUGAAAGAAGUAAAUCAAGAGUGGCAUCAGUCAAUGACAUGGACACUAUUGCUAAUUUGACAACCCAGAUUUCAGCUCUCACUACCCAGGUUGCUUUUUGUGAGUUGUGUUCAGGACCACAUUCGACUCUUGAAUGCAUGUCUGGAAAUCCCUCGGCUUCACCCAAUGGAGAGCAAGUGAACUUUGUCAACAACUUCCAACGGAGUAAUCAAGGGCCUUAUUCGAACACUUACAAUCCCGGGUGGCGUAAUCAUCCUAAUUUCUCAUGGAGGAAUGAGAAUAAUGCACUUAAACCGCCACCUGGAUUCCAAAAGCAAGGCCCUGCUCAGAAUGCUCCACCUCAGCAAAGUCAGUCGAGAAUGGAAGAGCUCAUGUUGAGCUAUAUGCAAAAGACUGACACCAUGCUACAGAAUCAACAAGCCACUAUUCGAAACCUAGAGGGUCAGAUUAGUCAGAUUUCUCAGCAAUUGAGUAAUAGACCAUCAGGGUCUUUACCCAGCAACACUGAAGAGAACCCCAAGGGUGUCAAUGCUAUAAUGCUGAGGAGUGGCAAGGAAUUGGAAAUAGUCAAUAGAAAAGCUCAAACUCAGGAGGAGAGUCCGGAGAAAGACAAAGGUAAGCAAAAGGUGGAGGAACCAAGGCAGAAGUCACUAGGGGUGAAACCGUAUGUUCCUCCUGUCCCUUUUCCAGGAAGAUUGAAGCAACAACAGUUGGACGCCCAAUUUGCUAAAUUCCUAGAUGUUUUUAAAAAGCUGCAAAUCAACAUUCCAUUUGCAGAAGCACUCCAGCAGAUGCCUUCAUAUGCUAGAUUCAUGAAGGAUCUGCUCACUAAAAAGAGGAAGUUUGAUGGGAGUGAGCCUGUGAUGCUUACAGGAGAGUGUUCUAUGAUUCUCCAAAAGGACUUGCCUAACUUACCACGCAAACAAAGAGAUCAGGGGAGUUUCACUGUUCCUUGUACUAUAGGGAAUUUUCAUUUUGAGAACGUUCUUAUCGAUUCAGGUGCAAGAGUAUCAAAUAUCCAAAGGGUAUUGUUGAGAAUGUCCUGGUGA